UAGUCGACCAAACAAAAAGAAGAAACAACAAAAGAAGAGUGAUGGCAAACAAUUACAAGAACAAAGAAGCAGUGUGCGUGACAGGAGGCAACGGGUUCAUAGGGUCAUGGCUAAUACGCACCCUAAUAGACCACGGCUACACCAACCUCCACGCCUCUAUUUACCCCGGCUCAGACCCAUCUCACCUCCUCAACCUCCUACCUCCCACUAACCACGUCACCCUCAAACUCUACGAAGCAGACCUGCUCGACUUCCACGCCCUCUGCGAGGCCGUCCAGGGUUGUCAGGGUCUCUUCCACGUGGCAUCACCUUGUACCUUGGAAGACCCCAAAGACCCAGAGAAGGAGCUUGUGUUGCCUGCCGUUCAGGGUACUGUUAAUGUUCUUGAAGCUGCUUUGAAGUUUAAGGUUAGGCGCGUGGUUGUCACUUCCUCUAUCUCUGCUUUGGUUCCUAAUCCUAAUUGGCCUUCUGGCAAGGUGUUUGAUGAAUCUUCUUGGACUGAUUUGGAUUAUUGCAAGUCUAGGCAGAAAUGGUAUCCGGUGUCGAAGACACUUGCUGAGAAAAAAGCUUGGGAGUUUGCAGAAAAGCAUGGAAUGGAUGUGGUGACAAUUCAUCCUGCUACAUGUUUAGGUCCCUUAUUGCAGCCCAGUUUAAAUGCUAGCUGUGCUGUGUUACUUCAACUGUUGGAGGGCUCAAAUGACACUCAAGAAUAUCACUGGUUAGGAGCUGUGCAUGUCAAAGAUGUGGCUGAGGCACAAGUUUUGCUGUUCGAGUCUCCUACUGCUUCUGGUAGAUAUCUAUGCUCCAAUGGUAUUUAUCAGUUUGGAGAUUUUGCUGAUACUGUUUCCAAGCUCUUCCCUGAGUUUCCUGUUCACAGGUUUAAUGGAGAAACUCAACCAGGCCUGACAGCUUGCAAAGAUGCUGCCAAGAGAUUGAAUGAACUCGGGCUAAUCUUCACUCCUCUUGAAGACGCUGUUCGAGAAACGGUGGAAAGUUUGAAAUCCAAAGGCUUCCUCAACCACAUAUCAUAGUCCUGUAACCAAUGGUGGUUUCCCCGGUAGAAUCCCAUUUCGCCCUAGUUACCUUAAAACCCAGAAAAAGAAGUAACCAUAAGAAAUUUUUAUUUCAUUAGUAGCUCCAACUUGGUUAUAAUCGACUUGAUUUCGAGUCAAUCCUGCGAGUUGGCGCAAUUUAGUUACACCACUAGUUGCUAAUAAUUAUCAGCAAUAAGAACGAAUUCUUGAAUAAAUUAAGCUCCUCUUUUCUUUAUUUUUGUAUAAUUAACCAUCGAAUUAUCAUCUCAACUUGACAACUUCUAUCAGAUUAUCAUUAUGUUUUUCGAUUUCA